CAGGAAGGCGAAGCGCGCUGUCUGGUUUGGUCCCACAGAGCCGCCGUAGCCAACAUGACGCUCGUGGUGGGAGCUGUGUUUGCGGCUUUACUUCUGUGUUUCAUAUUUAUUAUUCGGUUAUAUGCUGUCGUGAAGAAGCAAAAGCCUCAGCCUGGAGCCAAAGGUCCAGUGGCCGUUCUGGUGGUUGCCGGUUCAGGUGGUCACACUACAGAAAUCCUGCGGCUGAUGGAGUGCCUGUCUUCCUCCUACACGCCACGGUACUAUGUUAUUGCCGACACUGACAAGAUGAGCCAGGAGAAGAUCUGCACCUUUGAAAGCUCCAGAGGACAGUCAGACUCUGAAUCACAGUUUACCAUCUAUCGAAUCCCACGGAGCCGGGAGGUUCGUCAGUCUCUGAGCUCCUCGGUUGUCAGCACCCUGCAUGCCCUGCAGUACUCCCUCCCUUUGGUCUUUCGACUCAGACCUGACGUGGUGCUGUGUAACGGCCCGGGGACCUGCGUUCCCCUGUGUGUGGCGGGACUCCUGCUCGGCAUCCUGGGAAUGAAGAAAGUCCUGAUAGUUUACGUUGAGAGCAUCUGCCGGGUGCAGACGUUAUCGCUCACGGGGAAGAUCCUGUAUCCGAUAUCAGACUACUUCUUCGUGCAGUGGUCCGCUCUCAGAGAUAAAUACCCCAAAUCCAUUUUUCUUGGAAGAACAGUGUAACAAUAUGUUGCGGCACACAUGCUCUAAUAAAUGCUCCUGCUUUUUAUA